GGACAGGCAGCUUGCACGCAACAGUUGGAGAAGAUCCCGUCACAGUUGGAAGUUUGACUGUAAUCAAUCGUGGCAUUGAAAUAGAUAUUGCAGUCCGCGAUGUGCGCAUUGUCAUCUUAGUUCACGGGAACAACAACAAAUUCCUUUGGCCCUUUUUAAGACAGAGGCAUCUGCUGACGGUACUGAAGGAAUUUUAGCUUUGAAGCCAGCUAGUCUAUCAGGAGGUACAACAAGUUCCCGGAACCAAACUGAGGAUCAAUGAUCAAGAAUUCAUGUCACGAGUUCCAGUGCUGUUGACUACAGUACCAGCUCUUCUGCACAAAUUCGCCUGCUGGCUCAUUUCAGCUGACUUCGUCCUGCAGAGACCUCUGUUUUCUGCUGACCAGCCUGUGUCACACCUGAAUCCUCCUGAUACCUCUGCUAGCUUUACACAGUCAGUCUCUGGUGCUCCUCCCCAGCUCCUGCCCCUGCAGAUCAGCACACAGGCAUCAUCAUGGACAGCCCCAGGUUCAGAAACUCACACUCUGCCCCCAUCAUGGCCUGACAGUCCUGGGUCAACAGUGAUGACCAGCCCAUCUCCAAUUACCCAUCACAUUUAUCCUCUCCACUCUCCUGCUCCUUUCAGAGCCUUGUCCUCUCCUCUUUCUUUUAACCAGUGGCCUGGGUUUAUUUUCCCUGUCCCUUCAGGAGUCUUUGCCUUUCCUCAUGUGCCCCCAGCCCAGGAUGCCAACAACCCAAAUCCAGCAUCAUCACAUCAGCUGACCGACCCUAAAACAAGGACUCUCUAAUCUGAGUAGAACUGUGUCUUCCAACUGUUACCAAAAA